ACUGCGCUAGCGCGAAUAAACGUCAGAGAGAUGUGUCUUGAGCAAUGAUUAAAAGCUGGGCAAACAGGCUAGCUCCUUGUGACCAUCUUAAGUGGAGUUGUAAGAUUGACAGGCACAAAAACCACUCAUGGAUAUUCGUUUUUUUUCUUUUUUUUUCCUCCUUUUUUUUUUCUUUUUUUCUUUUUUUUACCAAUGAUUCCUUCAGACUUCAAAUCAUGCCAUCUAAAACGGUCAAGAGCUCAGCUGCCUCAGCCAAGCCAGGAGGGAAAGGGUCGCAGCCUCGGGAUGACUCCGAAGACGAGUUGGACGUACCCCCCAAAGAAACCCAUUCUAAUGACCAAGAGGAGGCACCGCCGACAACUGAGCCCUCCGACAGGGAGGGAGCCAAGGCAGUCGAUAAUCGAAGUUUGGAGGAGAUUCUCGGUAGCAUCCCUCCACCCCCACCCCCAGCAAUGACCAAUGAACCGGGUGCUCCUCGCCUGAUGAUAACCCAUUUAAUUAAUCGGAAUUUUAAAUCUUAUGCCGGCGAGCAGAUUCUGGGGCCUUUCCACAAGCGCUUUUCCUGCAUCAUUGGUCCAAAUGGGAGUGGGAAGUCCAAUGUGAUAGAUUCAAUGCUCUUUGUGUUCGGGUACAGAGCCCAAAAGAUCAGGUCGAAAAAGAUCUCUGUGCUGAUUCACAGCUCUGAUAAGCACAAAGAUGUACAAAGUUGCACUGUGGAGGUGCACUUUCAAAAGAUUAUUGACAAGGAAGGAGAUGACUACGAAGUCAUCCCCAACAGCGAGUUCUAUGUUUCGAGGACUGCCAACAAAGACAACUCCUCAGCCUAUCAUAUCAGUGGCAAGAAAGCCACUUUCAAAGAUGUGGGUGCUCUGCUACGAAGCCAUGGCAUUGACCUCGACCACAACAGAUUCCUGAUCUUACAGGGUGAAGUGGAACAGAUAGCUAUGAUGAAACCUAAGGGUCAGACAGAGCAUGAUGAAGGCAUGCUGGAGUACCUGGAGGAUAUUAUUGGCUCCUAUCGUCUGAAGGAGCCCAUCCAGACCUUGGCCCGCCGUGUUGAACUGCUCAAUGAGCAGAGGGGAGAAAAGCUAAACAGAGUGAAACUGGUGGAGAAAGAGAAGAAUGCUCUGGAAGGAGAGAAGAACACCGCCGUGGAGUUCCUCACUUUGGAGAAUGACAUCUUCAAGCACAAGAGCCAGCUGUGCCAGUACUAUGUUCAUGACCUGCAGAAUCAAGUGGUGGAAAAAGAGGGGGAAAAGCAGAGGAUCUUGGAGGACAACAAGGGGCUCGCAGAGAAAACUGCAGAGAUCACACAGGAAAUGGAGAAAAAGAACACCGAGCUAAAAGAUGUGGAGAAGAAACAUAACGAACUGACAAAGUACAUUGAGGCUCAGAAGGAGAAGUUCACUCAGCUGGACUUGCAGGAUGUAGAGGUGCGCGAGAAGCUCAAACACGCCAAGAGCAAGACCAAGAAACUGCAGAAGCAGCUGGAGAAGGACAAAGAGAAGCUGGAGGAGGUGCGCAAUGUACCAGCCAGCAGUGAGAAGGUUAUCGCAGAGGCAACUGCUUGCAAGGAAGGGCUGGAGAAGCAAAAGGUGAAAGAAGAGGAGAAGCUUAAGGAGGUGAUGGAGAGUCUGAAGGAGGAGACCAGCGGCCUGCAGCAGGACAAAGAAGCCAAGGAGAAGGAGCUGUUGGAACUGAGUAAGGCGGUGAACGAGACGCGUUCAUGCAUGGACCUGGCCCAGUCUGAGCUGGACAUCUACUUGAGCCGUCACAACACGGCCAUCACCCAGCUCAACACGGCCAAGCAGACCCUGCAGACAACAUCUGACACCCUGCAGGAGAGACGCGCUGCCAUCAAGGAUCUACAGGUCAAGAUACCACAGUUUGAAAAGGACCUCAAAAAGGACGAAGCAGAGCUAGAGCAGCUCAUCAAGGUGGACAAAAACGACAGGGAUGUGGUGAGAGACAUGAGGCAAAAGGUGGAGGAAGCCAAAUGCUCCUUAUCAUCCAACCGGAGCCGAGGCAAGGUCCUGGAUGCCCUCAUGCAGCAGAAAAAGAGUGGCAAAAUCCCUGGCAUCCUGGGGAGACUGGGGGACCUUGGGGCCAUAGAUGAAAAAUAUGAUGUGGCCAUUUCCUCCAGCUGUGGUGCUCUGGACAACAUUCUGGUUGACACUAUUGACACUGCACAGAAAUGUGUCACCUUCCUUAAAGCCCAAAAUAUUGGGGUUGCUACCUUUAUUGGUCUAGACAAGAUGAAGGUGUGGGAAAGGAACAUGGCUCCAAUCUCCACGCCAGACAACGCCCCUCGCCUUUUUGACAUGGUGCGGGUUAAAGAUGAGAGUGUGAAGCCAGCCUUCUACUUUGCCUUGAGGGACACCCUGGUGGCCAAGGACAUGGAGCAGGCCACGCGGCUCGCUUUCCAGAAGGACAAGCGUUGGAGAGUAGUCACCCUGCAGGGACAGAUUAUUGAGAUAGCCGGCACCAUGACUGGAGGAGGACGAGUAAUGAGGGGCAGAAUGGGAUCUUCCAUCGGCACUGAGGUUUCCCAGGAUGAGCUGGAUCGUAUGGAGAGCAAGCUGAAUGAAAGGGUGGUGCAACUGCAGAGCUGCCAGGAGAGGAGGAUGCAACUGGAGGAGAAAGUCCAGCGCCUCAGUCCACAGCUCCGAGACAUGAAGAACACCCUGGAGAAAUACACCAACAGCAUGACUAGUCUAGAGGAGCAGGAGGCCCACCUGAGACCUCAGAUCAAGGAGCUAGAGGCUAAUGUUCUGGCUGCUGCCCCAGACAAGGCCAAACAGAAAAAGAUGGAGAAGAGCUUGGAUGCCUUUAAAAAAGACUACGAGGCAGCAUCCGGUAAGGCUGGGAAGGUGGAGGCAGAGGUGAAAAGGCUUCACAACCUGAUCGUGGAUAUCAACAGCCACAAGCUGAAGGCCCAGCAGGACAAGCUAGACAAAGUCAACAAAGAGCUGGAUGACUGCUCCUCAGCCAUCACCAAGGCCCAGGUGGCCAUUAAGACUGCCAGACGAAACCUGAAGAAGUGUGAGGACUGUGUUAGCCGUGUGCAGGGGGAGCUGGAGGAGAAUGAGAAGUCGAUGACUGAAAUGAUGGCGCAGCUGAAGAAGCUGGAGGACAAGGCUGGAGAGAUCAUGAAGGCCUGUCAGGAGGCUGAGGCAGCACUACCUGAGGUGCAGGAGCAGUACCAAGGCGUAAUGAAGGAGAUCAAGGCCCUGCAGCAGCAGGAGCAUGCCCUCCAGGAGGAAUCCCUCAGUGUGCGCCUCAGCAUCGAGCAGAUAGAGACCACCAUCACAGAGAACAACAACAAGAUGAAACACUGGAAGAAGGAGGCCUCCAAACUCUCCCUCCACGCCAUUGAUGAAAAGCCAGUUGAGGAGCUCCCUGUUCUCACACCCGCUGAGCUUGAGGCCAUCAAAGAUGUCAGCAUCAUCACCAACAAGAUCUCCCUGCUGGAGGCCCAGUGUGCUCAGAUGAAGCCUAACUUGGGAGCAAUUGCCGAGUACAAGAAAAAGGAGGAGCUGUACCUGCAGCGCGUGGCCCAGCUGGAUGAGAUUACCACAGAGAGAGACAACUUCAAACGUGGCUAUGAGGACUUGCGCAAGCAACGCCUCAAUGAGUUCAUGAACGGCUUCAACAUCAUCACCAGCAAGCUUAAGGAAAACUACCAGAUGUUGACACUAGGGGGUGAUGCAGAGCUUGAGCUUGUGGAUAGUUUGGACCCCUUCUCUGAGGGCAUCAUGUUUAGUGUGCGUCCCCCGAAGAAGAGCUGGAAGAAGAUCUUUAACUUGUCGGGAGGAGAAAAGACCCUUAGCUCACUGGCCCUGGUGUUUGCUCUGCACCACUUCAAACCCACCCCCCUCUACUUCAUGGAUGAGAUAGAUGCUGCUCUGGACUUCAAGAAUGUGUCCAUUGUGGCCUGUUACAUUUAUGAACAAACCAAGAACGCUCAGUUUAUUAUCAUCUCCCUGAGGAACAACAUGUUUGAGAUCGCAGAUCGUCUCAUUGGCAUCUACAAAACCCACAACACCACCAAGAGCGUAGGCAUCAACCCAAAGACCAUCGUCUUCAAGGAACUUGACGCUGGCACUGCUUAAAUCUGUGGAGGACCUGAGCAUCUGGUCCAGUCUUUUUUUAACUUUUUAACUUUCACACAUGUAAAUUAGGACAUUUUAUGUAUAUUUUAUCUGUUCUUUUCUAUUAAGUUGACUGCUAUCAUGAAUGCUGCUAUUCUGUUUGUCAAAAUGAAUAAAUGUUUCUAAUCUUAU